AUGCCAGAUAGAUGGGAUGUCAUCCAGAGGGACAUAGAUGAGCUUGAAAAGUGGGCCAACAUGAGCCUCGUGAGGUUCAACAAGGCAAAGUGCAAGGUCCUACACCUGAAUCCAGGCAAUCCCUGGUAUUGGUACAGGCUAGGGGAUGAAGGAAUUGAGAGAAGCCCUGCAGAGAAGGACUUUGAGGUUCUGGUGGAUGGAAAGUUUGAUGUGAUCCAGCCAUGUGUGCUCACAGUGGCAGAGUUAUUCCACAAUCUGAAAAGGCAAGUCGGCGAAUUUAACAUGCGUGUUAAUGCUCAGUCAUCUGCUGUGGAUCAGGAAUAUAUAUACAAACAACGCUUCAUUUUGCAGGUUGUAAUAGCUGGUGCUUUCUAUCCAAACUACUUCACUUUUGGAAAAUGUGAUGAAGAAAUUGCUGUGAAAGACCUUGCUGGCAAAGAUCCAAAAACCACUGUCAUGCUGAAGAAUAUUCCUCCCUAUGGAUAUCUGUACCAUCAACAGUUAAAGUCACUGUUCAGACAUUGUGGGAAAGUAAAAUCUAUUGCCUAUGAAGGAUCAAAGGCUUUUGUGGAGUUCUCCCGUAACCCAGUGGAAGGCUUUAAGAUUCUUCCUGCAGUGUACCUGUCAGUCAAGAUGUCACAGCUGAAAAUUCCUCUGAAGCUGAAUGUUCAUUAUCCAGAGGAUAUUGAAAGGCAAUUGCAAGAUGUGACACCUGCAGAUGUGAAAUCUCUAAGAGUAAAUGUGAAUUAUCAGAAGCAGACAGUGGAGCCUGUGGAAUUAUUUGGUACUUUACAACAGUCAGACAUAAUCCCAGAUCAUCAUCUGUCCAUCAAGAUAACAGAGAUAGUAGAAGUUGGACACUUCUGGGGUUACAGGUUGGAUGAAAAGAAUAGGACUGCACUCCAGGCUCUAACUGCUUCAAUCAACCACCAGGACCUGAAGGAUUUGGCAGUGUCUCCACAUCCAGAGUUGGUUUGUCUGGCACCAUUCCCUCAUGUGGAAAGUGGAGGAUACUAUAGAGUUCGUGUUCUGUAUGUUUGUGGAAAUUUUGCUGAGGUUUUUUUUGUGGAUUACGGCAAUAGAUCAAAAGUGCCUUUAAAGAGUUUAAAAGAGAUUCCAAGCUGUCUUCAAGAGCUUCCUUUUCAGGCUUUAGAAUUCAAGAUAUGCAAGAUGCGUCCGUCUGCAAAAUCUCUUGUGUGUGGGGAAUGGUGGAGUUACAGUGCUGGCCAGAGAUUUGCCUCACUGGUAAAUGGCAAUGCUGUUCUAGUGAAGGUGUACUCACUUGUGCAUGGUGUUCUGCACGUGGAUGUUUUCCAUUGCUCGAAGUGCCAAGAGCUUGUGAAUGUUCGAGACGUGCUUAUUGGCGAGGGCUACGCUGAGCUGGCAGAAGAACCAUAUGAAUCACAACAAAGCCAUGAUUUGCUCGACGGAUUAUUUUCGGACCACGUACCAAAAGAAAAGAAAAUGCCCCUGUUUUCAAGAGAGAAAAAAAAGCAUCUCAUCAAAAGAUUGAUAAACUGGUGUUCCAACAGUAACUCUGAUGUGCCAACCCAUAAGGUAACAGUUUCUGGCCCACUCACUCCUUAUGAGGUGAAAUGCUACAGUAUGAAUAGAGUAUUACAGUUCAGAAGUGCUUUGUUACAAGAGGAGAGCGUAAACUCUGUCCUUGUACAUGAUGCUCCAGGAGAUUCCUUUGAGCAGUUGUUGGUCGCCGCGUCUGUAUCAGCAAAUGCAACUGGAUCUGCUGUGUUUUUAGAGGAAACAUCUUUGCUGCCUCCUAUUCCUGGCCUGCUUGCGCUCCUCAGCAUGCUGUUUGCUCCUGCUAUAGAGCUCAGGGUUGAUAAAAGUGGAAAGCGUUUUACUGGUGUUCUGUGUGGUUUGGGCUGGAGUCAGACUUUUGCAGCUCCUCUGCUUCCAGAAAAUGACAUGGAGCUGACAUUUGAUGUGCAUUUUGGACUGGAAGACAUAUCAGAGAUAAACAUCCUAAGGACAGCCAUUAAUAAGCUGCUCUGGGAAUGUGAACUGUGUUCUGGACAAGAGAGAAUGACACAGCUGCAGGAAAACGUUCGUCAGAAACUUCUAUGUUUAAUAUGCAAAUCAAAACCUCGAGAUAGAAUUGCUCCUGUGUGGUAUGAGAAGCCAUAUGCUUGGAAUCAGGUGGAUUCUCUGCAUAUCAUUGACCAGUCUGAAAAGCAGUGUGAAAGAGGAAAUGGUCUCUAUCAGCCACAUAAGCUUGUUGUGUUGAAUGUUUAA